CAAACUUUACCGUGUCGGGUGCAACUAUGUUAUUGCGCUCAGAAAUAUUACAAGAACUAGCGUUUCAGAAUGAAUUCACAGAGGAGACGUUUAUCGGAAAACACAUGAAUAGCGGUGACGACUCUUUUAUCACGCGAUGGGUGCUCUUUCAGCAUUUACGUGAAGAUAGGAAAGGGGGCCCUAAGUGACGUCUUGGCAUGCAAAUGGCACCGGAGGCAACUGUUUUCACGGCGUUGAUUCCUGAUAAGAGAUUUGCGGAACAAGUGAAGAGAUGGUUGAGAACCGGUCUACGUUUCCGACUUACGUGUCUAUUUAGUGAUCCUGGAUUGAGAAAUCUAUGGCGGACAACAUAUAUGUGCCGCAAAAUGGUGGAGGGAAUGUUUAACCCAUUCCUCACACUCGUCUGGUACCUCUGUUUCUUCAAAAUUCUCUGCACGCAUCCUCUUACAGCAUUGCUUUUUUCUAUGUACUACUUUUACGGGUCAUUUAGUAGUUACGUCGCUUUUUGUCGACAAUUCCCAUAUGCGAGAAGAAAGAUCUGGGCGGCGAUCUUAUUAGACCGCUUUGCCCUGGUGUCGGACUGGUAUAGCUAGGCCACGCUAGCCCAGGAGAACUGGGCUUCGCGAAAAGGCGUCGAUCCUCCCGCGGAAACGGGCGAAACCUGCUCUUAUGAUGUGAAGUGAGUGAAGUGGCUAGCCAAAUCUGAGGAUAAGAGUAUGGGUAUAUAGACCCUAAGGUUUCAUGUUUGCCCUGGCAUAGUGAUAUUCUAAGCAAAUGUCUUACCAGAAUGCAUCCUAAUGAUUAUAUAUACUUAAGGUUGAUUUACUUGUAUAAUUGUUUUAAGCUUAUAC